AUGUCAGCAGCCAGCCGUCGCCGAAAGAGCAUCAAUGCGCUGGCAUCGCCCACUCGCGUGUCGACACGUCGGACAGCGCGGACGGUCAUUGACUUGGCAUGUGACGAUGCAGAGGAGAGGGAAGGGAGUCAGGAAAGGGAGGAGGAACAGGAUAACCGCGACAGUUGCGAGAAAAAUGGUGACCGUGAGAACGAGGGUAACGCGGAAAGGGACGCGGGAGGCACGGGGGAAGACGAUGGAAGGGAAGACAAACGCUCGUCUAAGAAUGGGCGUGGAGUCAGGAGGGGAAGAGGCAGAGCGCGGGGGAGAGCCGGGAGGAGAGUCUUGACAGGGAGAAGAGGAAAGGACACUGAUGCUGACCAGGACGACCAGGGCGAUAGAGGCGACCUGGGUGACGACCAGGGUAACCAGGUUGACCACGUUGACCACGUUGACCUGAUGGACCAGGAGGGGGACCAGGGUGAUCAGGAUGACCGGCGGGUUGACCUGGUUGACCAGAGGGACCGGAAUGAGCAGGGCGACGGGGGUUGUGACGGGGAAUCUGACAACGUGGAAGUUACAGGGAUACAGGGGAAUCAAAAUGAGGACAUUUCGGUGGUAGGUGAUGACGUGGCACGGGGAGAUGAUGACGUGGCACCCAUGGAUCGUGCCCAGCCGACAGAAAGAACCUCGGGUGACGUGGCAGCAUCAUGGGUCAAAGAUUGGGCUGUGGGAACCUCGUACCGUUGUGCACGUGGGAUAGAGUCUCCUUCUCUCUGCAGAUUCGUGCUCGCUUUGGCGGCUCCUGGUGCUCCUCACAGCAAACUUGUAGAAAAACCUGGGAACCCUGAUAAGAGAGUUGUAGGGACGUCUGAGCGUUCUGAAAAGAGAGGUCUGGGAACAACUGGGGACUCUGAGAAGAGAGUCUCAGGGUCUUCCGGGAGAUUAGGGAAGAGUAAUUCACGGAGGCGUGGCAGUGCAGCAGGGCUGCGCAAUGCAAGCCGUGGGGAGAGGGACGGAAGCAAAAGUUUGACGGAAGCGGAAGACAUGGGAGGGGAGGGGGAGUUGCGAGAGGGGGGAGAGGAAGGGGAGAAUGGGGAGAAGGGGGAGAAGGUGGGGGAGAAAAGGGGGAAGAAGGGGGAGAAGGAGGGGGAGGGAAAGGAAGGGGAGGAGGGAGAGGUUGGUGAAGGGGCAGAUGGUGAAGCGAGAGUAGAUGGAUGUAGCCUUAGUGAAGAUUCUUGUAAGGAGGAUGGAGAUGAGGUGGAGGCGAAAGUCGGCACUUUCGAGGAAGGUAGCUGCAGGCUUGGUGAAGAUGGUUGUAUGGAGGAUGGACGGGAAAGAGUUUGGGGGGAGGAGAACGUGGUGGAGAGGGGCAGAGGUGGAAAGGAGGGGGGUGGAAAGAAGGGUACAGGGAAAGAGGGUGGUGGGAGGGAGGGUGGUGGUGCUUUGGGCGGUGGGGGCAAUGGCAGUGCGGCUGCUGAUGCUGCUGCAGCAGGAGGGAGAGAUGGGGAGAGGGGGGAUGUAAAAGUGGGAGAGAAAUGGGGAGAUGGGAAGGGGAAGGAGGAUGAGAAGAGGGGAGAUGAGGAGGCAGAUGAUCAAGGAGGGGCUAUUGCGAUUGUCACAACGCGUGCAACAUCGCAACACACUGCCACAGUGCCACACACUAUCACUGCAACAACGUCGCAUCGCAACAUUUCUUCACAAGAUCCACACAUUGCACCUGCAGUGCCUGAGGCAGGAACCAGCACCCAGAAGCACCAUGCUCUUAUCGAGUCAGCUAGUAACGAGAAUGCUCUUAUCGACCCGUCAAGUAGCCAACAGCAGGGCACAAUUGUGGUGGCAUCAUCCCCUGAGGGCCAGUGUGCUGCUGCUGCCACCCCACACUCAUGCUCCUCCCUCCCGUUUGUCUUCACCAGAGACCGAUGCCAGCAGUGGCUGGACCGGGUUGAAGGGCGGGCGUUCACAUAUCCCACCAGGCAGCAGCUGGGCGCAGUGGAGGUGAAGGCAGCGGACUUGCAACGGUUGCUGCCAGGGGAGUGCUUGAACGACACAGUCAUCGACUUUUAUGUCAAGUUCAUUGAACAGACGAUGCUGCAAGAGCCACAGCGGUUGCGGUUCCACUUCUUCAGCACCUUCUUCUCCACCUCGCUCGUCCGCGCGCAGGAGCGAUUCAAGCUGACUCAGGACCCGCACGAGCUGAUGCGGCUAACCAGGUGGACGAGGGGCACGGACAUUUUCUCCAAGGACUUCAUCGUCAUCCCCUUCCAUGAAGA